UAUCUGUGUUCGUGCGUGUCAUUGUUUUUUCGGAAAGAGUAAGGUGGGUUUUUUUGGUUGUUGCCAUGGCGAAGAAGAGCGGGUCCACCAAAAAGAGUCUGAAGAACCUGUUUUCCAAAAGCGAGGCGAACCUCAAGGAGUCCGUUGACGGUGAAAGCGGCAAGGCGAAAAGUUUUAAACUCUUCAAGUGGAAGAAAAAGAAGAAGGUGGAGACGGAGACGGAGCCUGGCGCCGGUAACCCAGACGAAGAGAACACUGUCAGGCAGAAUGAACUGGAUGGGUCUGAAACGGCUCAGAAGAAAGAUGGCACGGAUUGGCCGGAUGUUGGAGAUGACAAGAAGGUGACCAUAUAUUGCACUGCCCCCAGGUCAAAGAAAGAGCCCCUGAGCUACUCAGAGAAUGACCUCCGCAAGCCCCGCAGGUUUGGCACCUUUUCCUUCGGCUGGAAGAAGAAGAAGAAGAAGCAGCAGCACGCGGCGGACCUCUCCCAGAGCGUUGUGGAGCUGGAAAUGCCCAAGGAGGAUCUAGAGGAUGAAGAGGAGGAGGAAGAGCCCAUGACCACAUGUGUCAUCUCCAGCGCAGAAGAUUUAUCCAGCAAGCGGGUCAGAUUCGAGUUGUCCAAAUCUGCACCUCUGGGGUCACUGGACACCGUCUCCCCUCCCCCCGGCCCUUCUGACCAAUUCCAGCCCCAGGAAAUGCAGACAGACAGCCUUGUUCGGCAGGAGGGAGGCAAGGCCCCAGAUGUUGUCCCCAUUGCUCCAGGCUCCCCAGCACAGAGUACUGAGGUACUACUGUUGCAAGUAAAUAGAGAGGAGAGCCAGGAAGAUAUGCAGUUCCAGGUGUGGAGUUCCCCCCAUGCAGAUGAGCACAGCCUGUCAAAUGGCGACGUGCAGCCCUCUGCUGUCUGCGCUGCCCUCUCCCGGGCUCUGUCCAUGUCCAAGUUUGGACUCCCCAAAAAGCAGGAAGAUGAGCACUUUGUCACCAUCCCCAAAGUAGCUGGCCUCUCAGACCCUGAGAAGACUGAGCUCUCCAACUCUGUUACCCCUAACACUCACACCGCCCUCAUCAACAGUAAUGUGCAUGACACUGACCUCUCCCUCCCCAAAACUGACAUCUCUGACAAUGUUGUCCAAAGUUCUGGCCCCUCAGACCCCAGUGUUACCAGUGCUGACACUUGCCUCCCCAACACGGAUAUCACUAACUCUAUCACACCUGAUACUGACUCCUCCUUCCCCAAAACCAACAUGUCUGACCAUGUUGCCUCUAACAUUGAUUCCUCAGGUCCUGUCAUGACUAACACUGACCUCUCCCCUCCCAGCACUGAAACCCCCUUCCCAGAAACCGAGCUUUCUGACACUGUCAUCACCACUGAUAAUGUCUCCCCUACUUCCAUAACUGAGCUCUCUGACACAGUCAGCCCCAGCACUGAUACCUACCCCAUCAAAACUGACAUCUCUGACAUCUCCCCCAACACUGUCACCCCCAGCACUGACAGCACCCUCAUCAACACUGACUCCUCCCUCCCCAAACCUGAGCAGUCUGACAUACCCAACACUGACCAGUCCCUUCUUGAUACAGAGCUAUCUGAUACAGUCAUUCCUAACACUGACCUCCCCCUCUCAAACGCUGACAUUUCUGACGCUGCCAUUCCCAACACUGAUUCCACUUCCCUUAUAACUGACACCACAGAUAUUGUCUCUCCAAAUAUUGACUCAUCAGACCCUGUCAUUACCAACACAGGCCCCUCCCUCCCCAGCAGUGAGCUGUCUGACACUGUCAUUGCUACUGAUGAUGUCUCCCCUCCCUCAGAAUGUGAACUCUCUGACACUGUCACCCCCAGCACUGACAGCACCCUCAUCAACACUGACUCCUCCUUCCCUAAAACUGAGCUCUCUGAUGCUGCCAGUACCACUGAUAUUUUACCUACCUUCGAAGGUGAAAUCUCAGACACUGGUGCCCCCAGUGCUGAAACUCUGAUCAACAAUGAUAUGUCCGACUCUGUUAUUCCCAACACUGACCAGUCCCUACCUGAUGCUGAGCUGUCUGAUACAGUCAUUGCUGCUGAUAAUGUCUCCCCUCCCACAGAAAGUGACCUCUCUGACACUGUCACCCCCAAAACUGAGACCACACUCAUUGACACUGACACCUGCCUGUCCAAAAUUGAGCUAAAGUGA